UUUGUUUAUGUAUUAAAUUCACUGGAUUGUUUUGUGUUAACACAAAAAAAUUCAGCGAAGGAGGCUGCGUCUCGUAGCUUCAAGGCAAUAAACCUGAUAUUGUUGUUUUCGUCUGUAUGCACAUUGUAACUCGUUGGUUGCUCGCGCGCAGUCUUCACACGGAACUUCGAGCCUCAUAGUUGUUGUCGUUGUCGUUAUUCGUCAUAUUAACCUUGUUCAUUUAAGCAGAAGUGCUACAAUGUGUGAUCAGGUUGUUGAAGAAGCCUUAGGCCAAGUGUCUGACGAUGACGAAUUUUUCCAAGACAUCGACAUCUUGCAAAACCAUGGCAUCAAUGUCGCCGAUAUCAAGAAGCUCAAGACAGCCGGCAUCUGCACAAUCAAAGGCGUACAGAUGACUACUCGGAAGAAGCUGUGCGGAAUCAAAGGUAUCUCUGAAGCAAAAGUGGACAAAAUCAAAGAGAUAGUGGCCAAAGUAGCCGAAGGAGCAGGUUUCCUGACAGCGCUUGAAGUCAGCGAGAAACGGCGCUACGUGUUCAGAAUCUCGACAGGAAGUAAAGAGCUCGACAAGUUGAUGGGCGGCGGAGUCGAAAGCAUGGCGAUUACAGAAGUGUUUGGCGAGUUCCGCACUGGGAAAACUCAGCUCUCUCAUACACUCUGCGUCACCUGCCAGCUGCCAGGCGAGAAUGGCUACACCGGAGGGAAGGCAAUUUUCAUCGACACUGAGAAUACUUUUCGUCCCGACCGGCUGCGCAGCAUCGCCGAUCGGUUUGACCUCGACCAUUCAGCCAUGCUAGAGAACGUUCUUUACGCACGUGCCUUCACAAGUGAACACCAGAUGGAAAUGCUGGACCAAGUAGCGGCAAAGUUUCAUGAAGAGGCCGGUGUUUACAAGUUGCUCGUAAUCGACUCGAUCAUGGCUCUUUUUCGAGUUGAUUUCAGUGGUCGUGGCGAACUGGCCGACAGGCAACAAAAACUGGCGCAAAUGCUGUCCAAGCUUCAGAAGAUUUCGGAAGAAUACAAUGUGGCCAUAUUCAUCACCAAUCAGAUGACUGCUGAUCCAGGAGCAGCCAUGAGUUUUCAGGCCGAUCCCAAAAAACCAAUUGGAGGACAUAUCUUGGCACAUGCUUCGACAACCCGCAUAGCACUGCGCAAAGGCCGUGGUGAAGCACGUAUCGCAAAAAUUUAUGACAGCCCAGAUCAACCAGAGAAUGAGGCAACAUUUGCUAUUACGCCUGGUGGCAUUGCAGAUGUCUCGGAGUAGAACACUGCUCAAGUACUGUUUGUUGGCACACGUAGACGUCCAAUGCAGUUCGUCUGUUUUAUUAUUUGUUUUUAUUAUUUAUUCGUGGCAUUUACUGGGAAAAGUUUCCAUAAUUGUUUGUGACUAAAUAAAAUUUAUGCAUGUCUCACUA